AAAAUCCUCCCUCUGCCUCCCUCUCUCCGCCCCCAUCCAUCCAUCCACUCUCUCUCCCUCCAUCUCUUCCAUAAGGACGCAUGCGACGUGUAGCAGCCAAACCGAGUCCCGGCCGCGUCUCCUGGAGCUGAACCAACCACCCCCAGCGCAGGAGCAGGAGGAGGAGGCGGUCGGCGUGUACCUCCCUCUCCCCCUCCUUUCCCCCGGCUUCUGGAGGCUCUGUGCCUGCACUCGGCGGAGAGGAGCAGACGUGUGUCCCCGCGCUGCGCCGCCUGCAGAAGCGUGCCAGAUGGAUCUGCGCUCCGCCACCGUCGCAUCUCUCUGAGUGCUCCGCCACCGUGCGCCCCCGGCUCCUCGAACUUGGACCGCAGUGUGUGUGUCCAGGCUCCUCUGCAGACCUCGGUCCCCGCUGAGUGAAGGAUUCAUGCUCCAGAACUACAUCAACUUUUACUCUGAGGGGGAAGGUUAAGGUGGAAACUUUGCCCUGUCUGUGGAAGUCCAUUGGGAAUACUCACCUUUUUUUUCCUUCUAUUUAGCUGUGUCUAAGAUUCCCCCUGCACUCAUUUGACUGUGCCAAAUUCCAACUUGGAUGCGUAAUGGUGCUCGGCUGGUUUACCUCCUGACGUGGCUGACGCAUAUAUUUGGGAGAUAGACUUGUGGGAUUGUAAACUACAGUAAUGUGGAGUCGUUCCUGAGGACCGAGUGUCUGCUGCUCUCCGCGGGAGUGUAUGGAGACGAGCAGCCCGAGGAUGACGGCCGGCCCCCGGGAGGCGCAGGUGAACUGCUCCCCGGCGGUGGCGGCCAACGCGGAGGGUGAGGAGAUCGAGGUUUUGGAAAGUACCGACGUCCUUCCAGUGGCUCCAGAGGACCAAUGGAAGUCUCUGUUUGACAAGUAUGACCCAGAGAACUCGGGCUUCAUCAGUACAGAGCGAUUCAGGGACCUUCUGGCGGCACACGGCUCCGAGCUCGACCCCCACAAACUGGAAGUCCUGUUGGCCCUCACCAAUGGAAAUGCUGACGGCAAAAUCUGCUACCAGGACUUUGUGAACCUGAUGAGUAACAAGCGCUCCAACAGUUUCCGGAGGGCCAUCCUGCAGGGGAGCAGGCAGCUGAAAGGCUGCAGUCUCAGGGAUGAGGUCGGCCUGGGGCUCUCGCAACGGCUGGUCCGACACGUCGCCUAUGAGACGCUGCCCCGCGAGGUCGACCGCAAGUGGUACUUUGACAGCUACACCUACUGCCCCCCGCCGCUGCUCAUUCUGGCGAUCACCAUCGCUGAGGUGGCCGUGUUCAUGUACUACGGGUUCCAGCUGGACCGCUUGGUCCUGCAGGUGUCUAGCCCGUCAUUCCUAAAGAGCCCCUUACCCUACCACCCCCAGCUACGAGCCCAGGCCUGGAGGUACCUCAGCUACAGUUUCAUGCACACUGGCAUUGAACACCUAAGCCUCAACAUGGCCAUGCAGCUGCUGGUGGGAGUCCCACUAGAAAUGGUCCACGGAGCGCUGAGGAUCGGACUGGUCUACGUGUGUGGUGUGCUGGCAGGGUCAUUGGCGGUGUCCGUCACAGAUAUGACGGCUCCAGUGGUCGGGUCCUCUGGGGGAGUGUACGCACUGGUCUCAGCGCACUUGGCUAAUGUUGUAAUGAACUGGUCGGGAAUGAAGUGUCAGUUUAAGCUGUUCCGGAUGGCAAUGGCUCUGGUGUGCAUGAGUGUAGAGUUUGGUCGGGCGGUGUGGUUGCGGUUCUACCCGCCGGCCUUUCCUCCCUGCCCCAACCCCAGCUUUGUAGCGCACCUGGGAGGGGUGGUGGUCGGCCUGACGCUGGGCGUGGUGGUCCUGCAGAACUACGAGCAGCGGCUCCAGGAACAGUCCCUGUUUUGGAUCUUUUUCUGCGUCUACACCUUGUUUGUUCUUUGCGCCGUCUUCUGGAACAUUUUCGCCUACAGCCUGCUUGAUGUCAGACUGCCCCCGCCGCCUUGACUUCACUAUUAGAGGCAGAUGAGACACUGUAUCCCCCCUUUACUACUCCAUCAGUAGAGGUCUGACCGCCCAGCUGGAGGAGUCACCUCACCCCUCCUACUUGCUUCAUCAUGGGGGGAUCGGAGUUGUUGAACAGCCACCUCACCUCUACAUCCCCUACUCUGAUGCAGGGAUUCCGACUUGCUGCAGGCCUCUCUGUCAUCGUACAUUUUUCAUCCCACCUGCCACAUCUGAGGCUAAGCCUUACCAUCGCCAAGUUUCCCUCCACCUGCUCUUUUGCCUCAUCUGUGUUGGAUGCUCGGCUGAAGAGUAUCAGCUGGUGGGGGACGUUUGCUGACAACACUGUGCUGACACAGGAGAAGCCUCGGAUCUAACACAACAACAAGAAGCAGGAACGGCCCCAUCCACAUGGAUUAACUUCCUCUGCCUCCUCCUCCUCAAUCCAACAGUGCCUGCUGGCGACAUCGGCGUAAUGAAAGUAUUUCUGCACAGUUGCCUCUUGUGCAGGGUAACGGCAGCAACAACUGUCUUCAGACAAAACAAGUUCCGAAACAUCCUGUUGUCUGCCUGUGCCCUCUUCAUUAGUAAAGAAAGAAUGAGGUACUAUGAUAAUUUAGGCUUUGAUUUGUCAUCAUUACAAGCAGCUAAUAACACAUGAGGUCACUAAUAAGGAGAAGUAUGUUUUUUUUCCUAUCCUUUAUUAAAGAGUGUGGUCUUUCAGUUUGAAAGCAGAACUUAUUGAUUUCACUUUCAGAUUUUGCAAUGCUUUCACUCAAAACCCUGCGCUUGCACUCAUGUAGCCGCUGCUUGUGCUUGGAUCUGCUCAGCUUGUGCUGUAACUAUGCACUUACACUCAGAUAUUUUGUUGCUUGGACAGAUUUUCUGCGCUCAAGCUUCAGCUGUUCUCCUCGUGCUCUCACACUACUACUGUGCACGUGAGAAACGUGUUCUCAUUACGAAAAAAGAAAAUAAUUGAGAUUCUUGAUUUAGCUGUGCUAUGUGGACCAGCUAUUUGAUGGACUCCUGCGACCUGAUGAACUCCUUCUCCAUGAAGGUAUCAUGCUUUUCCUUCUACUCCUGGUGUAGCAAUAAAGCCAUGGAGGGCGGGAGUGCAUUAAAGUAACCUUUACAGGACUCUCCAAAAAAUAAAGCUAACACAGUCGCAACGAGGGCGUCAUUUGUCAACACUACGCCCUGGCAUUCUAUUGGUUAAAGAAAUUUGACAGACUUGUUGCCCAAAAAAAUCUAAGCAAGCGUAGGGUUUUGAGUGAAAGCAUGACAAAAUCUAGAUGUGAAAUCAAUAAGCUGCUCCCAAACUGAAAGCGUGCUCUUGAAUAAAGAAUCCUUGCAGAAACCUCUUUAAGUUUCACAGUAUAGAGAGAUCAUGGAAUAUAUAGAUUAUAGCAGCCGUCAUAAGUGAUUAUGAAUUUACCUUUGAAGGAAAGUCUAGGUUCAGUGUUACCUUCAGCUUCUGGCACUUCCCCAGAGGAGGAUUGAUAUGUGAUCAACGUUCUAUGAAACUCUAACUUUUGUCUUUGACAUUUGUGUGUGUGUUGUGUAUGCGUGGAGUGUGACAUCUGUUAACAUCGUGUGUGUACUGAUUAAAACAGAAAGAAGCAGAAGUGCCAAUUCAGACUUUUUAAAAGAAAUGAUGCCAAAAUCUUGCUACAAGCACCAGGGGGAAGAUCCCCCGGAGACAAGUAUUGCUUUUGUGUAAGGAAAUUUAAUUUACUCUAAAGAGACGAGCGUGGAACAGCACAGGAGUGGAGUCAAACUCUUGUCAUUAGCUGUGAUUUUAGUGAUGGUUGAAAACUGCAAAGAAGUGACAGAAGUUUAUUUAUUGAUCAGUGAAGUGGUGGAUUGAGGUCAGUGGGAUGAAACAAAUUAAAACAUUCACCCAUGGGGGCAGUUGGGUCUUUUUCUCAUUACCAAAUGUAGAAAAGCACACGCGCCUGACCUCAACUAUGUCCGGGCUGGGGUCCUUUAACUCUCAGUCGAGAAGGCGGUGUUCGGGGGGUGAAGAAGCAAAUCAAUGCUCUCUCAUUAGUUCCUGUCACAACUUGAAAUUGUUAAUUGAUCAAACUGGGAUAGAAAGCAACCCCAGCCCUGAGCUGUAAGUCUCAAACUGUACUGUACUGUAACCUCAUGCUACACUGGUACCUGCUUCGCACAGACUUUAAUAUAAUAUGAUUAAAUACAGAUUAAUAUUUUAA